AUGUUGGCUGACCAUGGAUUAGCAAUCAAGGAGAACGAACUGGAUUACGAUUUUAUCUAUGAGAUGUCCCGAUCUAGCGAAUCCCUUGUGGUGUGCGAUGUGGCCGAAGACCUCGUGGAGAAGCUGAGGAAAUUCCGCUUCCGCAAAGAAACCAACAAUGCGGCCAUUAUCAUGAAAAUCGACAAGGACAAGCAGCUGGUGGUUCUGGAUGAAGAGCACGAGGGUAUUUCCCCGGACGAACUCAAAGACGAGCUUCCAGAGAGGCAGCCUCGAUUCAUUGUCUAUAGCUACAAGUACCAGCAUGACGAUGGGAGAGUCUCUUACCCGCUCUGCUUCAUCUUCUCCAGCCCAGUUGGGUGCAAGCCUGAGCAGCAGAUGAUGUAUGCCGGUAGCAAAAACAAGCUUGUACAGACCGCAGAACUUACAAAGGUAAGGCUGGAGCAAGGUCUGGAUAUGCAUGUAAAUUCUGUGUAAUGCUAUAA